GCGUCAAAAAUUCUUGCUGGUUUACCUGUUAUUCUAGAUUUGCGAUACAGAUCUACUGUAGAAAAGAUCUCUUUGGUCAAGUCAUUGUUGAAGCAAGCCGCUUUUCCAGAACAAGCUAUAUCACAUUUAUGGAAGGUUCAAGAAAAUAUAAACUAUGACAACAUCCAUGAACAUCAAAUCGUGACAAACACCCUUGAAAGGCGACGUGAUUUUCCUGAAUUAUAUCAUACGAAAUUUUUCUCCGUGACAUAUCUCAUGUCAUAUUUUCAAGAUUUACAGGGCGUUCAUGUGUCAAAUUUGAGAUAA